AUGUCAUGGAUCAAAAUUUUAAAAAGUGUUAAUAAAGAUGAAUCAGCAAAACAAAAUGAAGAAAGUGAUUCAAGUUGGAAAAUAUUAAUGCCACCUGUUUCAAAUGCAAUAAAUAAUUGUAAUAAAAAUACAGAUUAUUAUGUGCAAUGUUUAUGCUUAUCAACCAUCUUGGAUGAUUUUAUUUUAUACGUAACGGAUGAGAAAUUAUUUAACGUAUCUAAGAUGAAUAACAAUGAAUUUUUCGAAUUAGUUAAAGAUGUUAAAGUAGAAAAACUAGAAAAAUAUUUUUAUCCAGAAAUAGCAAAAUCAAUUUUUGUGUCUGAAAUUACUUCAGCUUAUGAUUUACCACCAGAAGAUGCUGAAUACAUUUUAACAAAACAUUUUGAAAAGCCUCGUUUGAUCAUAAAGAUACCUGAAAAUUCGGAAAAUCAAGUUUAUUACGUUAUGAAAGAUUAUUCUAAUUUAUAUUCGAAUCCUUCUGUACAUGGUUUUUUGCCACAAAUAAAUGAAAAAUUUGUAGAACCAAAUAUGUAUAAACAAGGCCUUACUCUUAGUAUAUGUCCAAGUGGCCUUAUGAAGCAUUUUAAAUAUCUUAAAACUAUUUUCAAACCGUUUUUAUUGAAAAAAAAAAUUCAAUUAAAACCAAUGUUUUUGCUGAGUGGAGCCAAAGGUUCUGGAAAAAAAACUACUCUUGAAGCUCUUGCUUUAUCUUUGGGUUUGCAUUUAAUUCAUGCAAAUUGUUUCGAUUUUUCUGGUCAAAAUUUAACAUUUAUUAGUGGGAAAUUCGAUCAAAUUUUUUCAAAAGUGAGAAGAACAGUACCAUGUAUUCUUCAUUUACAAAAUAUUGAGUUUUUAGGAAGAGAUGCAAAUUAUCAAGAAAAUGUAAGAUUGAUUGAUAUAUUCGAAAGAGAAAUAAAAGAAUUAUGGGAAAGGAAAUCAUUUUUGUAUCCCGUUUUCAUUGUCGCAUCCACAACAUUGGCGGAAACUGAUUUAGUUCCUAGUACAGCAAGAUAUUUCAUUGAUACAAUUAAAUUUGAAGUUUUAAAAUUUGAAGAGACUUAUCCAACGUUAAAAUGGCUUAUUUUUAGUAAGAACAUGAAUUGUUCGUCGGAUGAUUUGGUAAAGGUAGCCGAAAAAAUUAAAGGUUAUGUCUUUGCUGAUUUGGCUUUAUUGGUAGACCAUGCGAUUCGUAUUAAAACUCAAGAAUGUGAUUUUAGCGAAUUUUCAAAUAAACUUUUACCGAGGCAUUUUGAAAAAGCUUUUGCACUUAUGGACGAUGCUUAUUCUCAUUUUAUUGGAGCGGCUAGAGUACCCACUGUUAAAUGGGAAGAUAUCGGAGGCCUUGCAGAUUUAAAAGAAGAAAUAAUGUUGACUUUAAAUUUACCAUUAAAACAUCCUGAAUUGUUUACCUCUGAUUUACGACGUUCGGGAGUUUUGUUUUACGGUCCUCCAGGAACUGGAAAAACAUUAUUAGCCAAAGCGAUUGCAACCGAAUGCAAUUACACAUUUCUUUCCGUAAAAGGACCCGAAUUAAUGAAUAUGUAUGUGGGUCAAAGUGAAAAAAACGUAAGAGAAGUGUUUGAUAAAGCUCGAGAUGCAGCACCCUGCAUAAUUUUUUUCGACGAAUUGGAUUCAUUAGCUCCUCGAAGGGGUAAAAGCGGUGAUUCUGGAGGAGUAACCGAUCGAGUCGUUUCACAAAUGUUAGCCGAAAUGGAUGGAUUGGAUGACAACAAAGACGUUUUCAUAUUGGCUGCAACAAAUCGUCCUGAUUUGGUAGAUCCAGCAUUGCUUCGACCGGGAAGAUUCGAUAAAAUGUUUUACGUUGGAAUAUGCACCGACGAAACUUCCAAAAUAAACGUUUUAAAAGCUUUAACUAGAAAAUUUUCAUUAACGGAGGAUGUUAAUUUCAAUGAAAUUGUUAAAUUGCUACCCAAAGACAUCACGGGCGCCGAUUUGUAUUCGGUCGUAUCUAAUGCGUGGUACGCAUCGGCCAAAAGAUACGUAGAUGCCAUCGAAAUCGGCGAAAAUCCUUCGUUGCCUGUUUUCGUUAACAGCGAAGAUUUCAGAGAAGCCAUCGAACAAUUUAUACCAUCGUUAACAGACGAAGACAUUGAUUAUUAUGAAAAUUUUAAAACUUCUGAAAACAGUUACUAA